UACAAAUGUAUUACUUAAGAGGUUCUAAACAUAAACAAAAAUGUUGUGUUCAUGCAUAAUGUUGUCGCGUUCGACAAAGACAACGGAAACAACAUUGAGCGAUCUUCCAAGAGAUGCGAUAGCUAGCAUACUUCAUAAACUUAGUGGCUCAAUGAUUUUAACAAGUGCACGUUAUGUGUGCUCUUUAUGGUGGAACAUUUGCAAGGACCCUCGCAUGUGGCACUCUAUUGACAUGGAUAUCAAACAUUUUUCCUUUGCACGCUUUGAUUUUGUUUCUUUGGAAAAGAUUUGUCGAUAUUCUGUUGACAAAAGUCUCGGUUAUUUAACGAGAAUUAAUAUUGAUUAUUUUGGAACUGAUAUUCUUCUCCAAUACAUAGCUGCUAGGGCAGGGCAGCUACGAAGCAUAAGACUUUACAAAUGCGAAGAAAUUUCAGAUAAAGGGUUGAGGGAAUUUGUGAUGAAGUUUCCACAAUUAGAAGAGCUUGACAUUGCAUUUACUAACAUAUCUAAGGAAUCUCUUGAAGUUAUUGCCAAAUCUUGCCCUUUGCUGAAAACAUUGAAAUAUAGAUCGUUGGUUGGAGAAGAUAUAGAGGAGAAUGAUGAGGCUUUAAUAAUAACAAAUAACAUGCAUGAGCUACGCCAUCUUGAGACUUAUGGAACCAUGAUAACUAAUAAUGGGAUUAUUGCCAUUCUUAAUGGAUGCCCUCUUCUCCAAUAUCUUGACCUACGAAGUGGUUUUCAUCUUGAUAUGAGUAGAGGAAAAUUCUAUGGUUUAGCAAUGCGAUGCUAUGAUUGGAAAGAAGCAUCAUGAGGCAAAUAAUUUUGAUCAAUGUCAUUUGAAUUUGAAUUUUAGCAUCAUGAGGAAAAUAGAUAUUAGAUUAAUGUCAUUUGAAUUUUAGUUUGAUUUUUAUAUAUGAAUAUGAUAGUUUUUUGUUUGUUUGUCUGUUUUUAGAAAACAUAUAUCAAUGUGAUAUUAUGAAUUAAUGAUAUGGCAUGAUAAUUUUGUUUUGAUUCAUCACAUGAGUUUAUCAAAAAUCAAAGUUAUCGUAGAC